UCAAACUGCUUAAAUUUUAUUCCCAUUCCAAUAUUAAACAGAGCAGGACAAGGAUGAUAGAUGGCCUCGACUACCUCCCUACGCUGCGGUAUCUUCGCUGGGAUGCUUAUAAUCUUAAAUCACUACCAUCUCAGUUUUGUAUGACCUCUCUAGUUGAACUCAACCUCUCACACAGCUCAAUAGAAACAGCGUGGAAUGGAACUCAGGACCUUGCAAACUUACGGAGCCUAAACCUCACAAGCUGCAAGCACCUUACUGAGUUUCCAGACCUUUCGAAGGCGACUAAUCUUGAGACUCUAAAACUCUAUAAUUGUAAUAACUUGGUGGAAAUCCCUGAGUCUUCUCUUACACAACUCAACAAACUCGUCCACCUAAAACUGAGCGACUGCAAGAAACUAAGGAACCUCCCAAACAACAUCAACUUAAAAUCCCUCAGAUUUCUUCAUCUGGACGGAUGCUCUUGUUUGGAAGAGUUUCCAUUUAUCUCAGAGACCAUUGAGAAGUUGCUGUUGAACGAGACAACCAUCCAAUAUGUACCACCAUCAAUCGAGCGCCUCUCUCGUCUCAAAGAGCUACGCCUCUCCGGCUGCAAGAGACUGAUGAAUCUCCCACACAACAUCAAGAACCUGACGUCUCUCAUUGAUCUCGGCCUUGCAAACUGUCCAAACGUAACAUCAUUUCCAGAAGUCGGAACAAACAUACAAUGGUUGAAUCUGAACAGAACAGCAAUAGAAGCAGUGCCUUCAACGGUAGGGGAAAAAUCAAAGCUUCGUUACCUCAAUAUGUCUGGCUGUGACAAGCUUGUGAACCUUCCUCCAACGCUAAGGAAACUGGCACAACUUAAGUACUUGUAUCUUCGUGGUUGCACCAAUGUCACAGCGUCUCCUGAGCUCGCUGGUACGAAGACAAUGAAAGCAUUGGACUUACAUGGAACAUCGAUAACAGAUCAAUUGGUUGACUCUAAGAGUGAAGAGCCUCCUCGGUGUGAAGUACCCGUCAUUAGACGGUUCUUUAUGAAGCAAGUUCGAGAAGACAUCAAGAAACGUAAAUCCAACAGAUGCUAAGGAUCAAAGU